AUGUCUAUCUAUGCCUCCGACGCCAUCGGCUCCGGUGCGGCCGUGGCGCAGCCGAGCCGAACGCGGGCGGCGCCGACGACAUGGCUCGGGCCCUCCUCCGAGUAGCCCGCUGCUACUGCUACUCCCCCUUCCCGCGCGCCCCGCCGCUGCUGCUCCACCGCGGCGCCUCCUCGCCUCGCCUCCGCUUCCUCUCCCUCUCGUCGCCCUCCUCCGCCGCGCCGACGGCUAGCUCGGAUGGCCCCGGCGACAAGGGCCGCUGCGACGACUACCUGGGGAUGAGCGACGACGAGCUGAUGGGGCAGUGCGAGAUGGGCACCUUCAAGGCGUCCGGCCCCGGCGGCCAGCACCGGAACAAGCGCGAGUCCGCCGUCCGCCUUCGCCACCGCCCCACCGGCAUCAUCGCCCAGGCUGUGGAGGAUAGAUCACAGCAUAAGAAUCGAGCAUCUGCUUUGUCUCGGCUUCGAACCUUGAUUGCUCUCAAAGUUAGAAAGCCAAUAAUUCUCGAGGAAUACACUCCUCCAGUUGAGCUUCUUCAGAUAUUACCCCUGAAGUCUACAAUCCGAGGAAAGGAUGUUGGCCCCCAAAUUGGUCCAAAUAACCAAAAAUUCGCUCCAGGAAUGCAAGCUUUAUUAGAUCUUCUUUUCGCUGCUGAAGGCUCAGUGUCAGAAGCAGCAAAAAUUUUGGGCCUAAGCACUGGUGCUGUGUCGAGGUUGAUUCUAUCAGAUGAUUCACUCCGAACAGCUGCAAAUGAACUGCGAGCUGCCAAGGGUCUGAAGCCACUUAAAUGAUAGGGGACUUGCCUGCACAACAUUCUCAUCAUCGAUGAUGCCACAGGUUCGUGAAUGGCAUAAAAC